AUUUUUCUGUGCCUUCCUCCCAAGAAGCUGGAAGCGAAAGUAGAUCAGAGGCAUGGGCAGACGUCUCUCUGCUUUUGUCUUCUGAACAGCUGUGACCACACAGAGUCUGAGAAGCAGAGGACCCCGUUUCAAGAGCGCUUCCCCCGCUCUCCUCACAACAGUAACUGAGGAGAUAGAAAGUUUUCAGGGGGAGAGCUGAACACACGGGAUCAGCAGGAUGUUCCCAAGUUUGUUGCUUCUGUGCUGCCUGUCUCUGACGAUCGAAUCCAGCCACGGCGAAAUCUUACCACCACGAAAUGCGUCCCUGCGGUGGGUUAACGACUUUGACUAUAACGUGACCUGGGUACCACCAGAGAAUUCUGUCGGAUGCAAGUAUGAAGUUUAUUCAGAUAUAAACAAACAAGACUACGACUUCACUUCCAAUACUUUCCAUAUUUUGGAUGAGGUAAUGAAUGGAAACGUCUUAAAUGUGGGUAUCAGAAGUCGUUGUAAUAAGUCAACGAGCGAGCCAGUGGUCGUCAGUGAAACUAAUCCAGAGCUGGUGACAGAUUUUCAGUGCUACGUCCACUCCCAAAAACAAACAAACUGCUCUUGGUCACCAACCUGUAUCGCUGCAGAUCUCCGUUUCUUCUACAAGUCUGAGAUUGAGCGGUAUUCCAUCGUCAGUGGAGUAGAAGAAUGCCCAUUGUAUACUUACACUGAUGGUCUGAGGACUGGCUGUUAUCUGCCAGUGAGCAUACAACAUUCUAUAAAGGUCUUGUUUAAAACAACACUGAACAACAAAACUGUCAGGAACACCUUCCUUAAACACCUCAUUCACUUUGUGAGACCACCACCCCUUAACUGGAAAGUCAAGAAGAGUGGAAAUCAAUUUAAUAUUACUUGGUACCCUCCUGAAGUGCUUGCACUGGACGAGUGGGAAUAUAUAAUAAAUUACACUGAGUGUGGUCAAGUAAAAAGUCUAACAAUACAAAAAGAUACAUUACAUGAGCUGCGCCGGGUCUCUCACUGUAGCUACAGCAUGGCUAUCAAAGCAAAGAGUGGAACAAAGGGAGAAACACCGUGGACCGACCAACAGUAUUUUGAUGCAGACUCAAGCUUCAGUCCAUUAGUGUUUCUUGCAAUUAUAAUCCCAUUGGUGGUUGCCACACUGACAGUCGUGACUGUGAUGUGUUACCAGAAAAACAAGGAUACUAUCUUUCCCAAAGUACCAGAGCCUCGGGAUCUCCUCAGCGAUAUCUGUGACAACAACAAUAAGACGGCCCUGUGCAACUUUCAUGCGAUGACAAUGGAAGAAGACAACUGUAAAAUUGCUCUUGUGGUAGAGCCCCAAAUCAGCUAGCCAGACUGGUGACAAGUGCCCAACGUCCCCUCGUGCUCCCAAAGAAAAAGAACAACUAGAAGCAGCUGCUGCUGCUUCAGCACUUUCUGUUUGGCGCUGCUAAAAUCUGACGCCAUGAGUCUCACAGUGAAAUACAACACUGCAUGUCUUUAUCAUCCCUAUGGAGUGACACACAACAUAUACCAAUGCAUUAAGUUGAUUUUGUAUUCACAGCAAUUCUCCCAUAGCAUUUUGAUCCCUUAUCCCUUAUGCUUUGUUUGCACACCAAAGUGGUUCCUUUUUUGGAAAUCAUGUCGGUUACAUAAUCAAGCCUAACACAGAUGUCCAUUUUAGUGCAAGGUCAUAGUGUGAAUAAGGCAUUGCACCGCCAUGUGUCAGACACUGUGAGGCCCUUUGGACCCGUCUGCUGCUGCUGCUGAUACAGAUGAAACAACAACAACAACAGCAACCCCAUCGGCAGCAGACGGUGGGCGGCAUGGACGGUUGUGAGCUGAGCCUGAAUGUUGAGUCAAUUCAGAACAGCGUCAUCCACGCAUGUAAACCAACAGACUUACUACCUUUGUACCGCUUACAGGGCUGUGAAAAAGCAUUUGCCCCCUUCCCGAUUGCCACACUUAAAUAUUUUGUCAAGGAAAUAUUAGCAUUAGGUAACACAAGUGAAAAUAAAAUGCAGGUUUUAAAUGAUCAGUUCAUUCGUUAAGGAAACAAAUCUAUCCAAAACUAAUUUUUCCUAUGUAAAAAAAGUAACCGCCUUACACUAAAAAUUGUUGGAUGGCCUGAAAUAUGUAAUUUGACAAUCAUUAAGUGGGCAAAUACUUUUUCACACCGCCCCAGUGGUGUCACUGUCACAGCUUAAAUGUUUUUACUUCGUAUAUAUGGAAGACUUACUGAGCCAGUCUGCUGUUGACCUGUGAGCACUGUCCCUGUCCAGCUGCCAUUAACUGUAUUAACUGCCAUGGAUUUCUUGCAGCAUGGUGUGCUGUACAUAAGAAACAAAGACAUGCCCAGCUUUCUGAGAGUAUACAAUGUAACGAAUGUAUCACUUAGUGGCCUACUUUACUAACAGUAAAAAACAAAAAGCAGAAAAAAUUGCGUUUUUUUGUUUUAGAGGGCCAGAAGGCUGAAAGGUUAUACCCACAUGUCCUUAUGAAUCAUCAGCCUCAUUGUUUGGUCUGUUAAUGGACAAUAGUCUGGGAAAUACCUCAUGCUCUUGGAGGAAGGAAAUGGCGAAAUUUUUUAUCAGAAACAGAGGCUGAUGAUUUAGCUUUUAACAGCACCAUGUUUCUUCAGCAACCUUUAACAGAGGAUAUGAGCCUUGAUGAAAGUAACACCCUGUGCUUGUUUACCUUUUUACUUUUUCUCAAAUAACCACGGAGAUUUAAACCACCUUCUUAAGUUUCUUUUUAACUAAUGCUGCCACGUUUGCCCCGUAGCCAGUAACACGGCUGAAUCGUCACCUCAGUGGUGCUCAAGGUCUAACUUAUAGUUUGGCUUCUCCUCCCGGACAGGAGGUCCAAGUGUCCAAGCACUGAAGCUGUUACGUCUCUCUUUUUUAUGUGUGUGUGGGAGGGGCUAUAAAGCAAUAUACAAAUGAAACGCAGUGCAAAAACACAGAAGUCUUUGUGUGAUAGUGUUAAAUGUUUUGAUGAAAUUAUUAUAGAGUGCUGAAUCUAUACGUUUAUAAUCGACUUUAUUUUACUUCCUCUGAUCUUGUUUUUUUUUAGGUCUCACAUGUAAGAUUGUUUUUCAUUUUCUUUUUUUUUUUGUGUGGUUUUUACACAUUUCUCAUGAAGUAUUGAGUCCUUCUCAUGUUUGAGAACUGUUUCACAAGACAAAUUGGACCAAACAAGCCAUUUUGAUGCUAUCUGUCUUUUAUUCUUAUAAGUAUGAUUUCUGGCAGCUUGCUGCACUCUUCCUGGACCCUGUUCCAGGAUGGAGGUUUCACAAAACUUUGACUUAAAAAAUAAACUCUGAGUUGGAUUACCUUUGA